ACGAGUUUCCUCAAUUGAACACAGAGAAGGUAGACGCUCGGACAUCCUGCUGCAGACUCUCGUGCUUUUGGCUGAAAAGAAGAAACUCGACCACAGUUACUUUUCUACCCCAGUCGAUCAAAUGUGACAGGUUUGCGCUGUGAUCACAGGAUUACGUGUUUUCUGUGCUGAUGGUCGCUGCUGCUGCUGCUGCAACAACAAAAGACUAAUGUGUGCACACGCCCGCACUUCAGAGAAGCUGCCCGUGAACUCAGCCUACUUUAGUUUAGACCACAAGUCAUCAUGAUGACUCGGAUUUUCUGGGAUACAAUUUUUCUCAUCAGCGGUUCCCUCUUUACGAUUGGAGCAGGACCGAGCAAUUUGACAAUUAUUGAAGCCAGCGUAUCCAUCGAUACAAACUUCCCUGCUGCUCUGAACGCCUCAACAAGCAGCUCUGCAACAACCAGCAGCGGAAGCACAACUACCACAACUAUUGCACCUACUACAGCAACGAACAUCCCUCCAGUUAAAAGUUCCCUCUUUACAUUUGGAGCAGAACCGAGCAAUUCGACAAUUAUUGAAGCCAGCAUUUCCAUUGCUACAAACUUCACCGCUGCUCCAAACACCUCAACAAGCAGCUCUGCAGCAACCAGCAGUGGAAGCACAACUACCACAACUAUUGCACCUACUACAGCAAUUAACAUCCCUCCAGUUAAAAAGUUUGUGGCAGCGGCUGUUCGGUCUCAUUUUGAUGACUGUCCAGACUCCCACCGCCAUUUCUGCUUCCACGGCACAUGCCGCUUCCUGAUCUUAGAAGAGACGCCUGCGUGUGUGUGUCAUCCAGGCUUCAUUGGGAUGCGGUGUGAGCAUGCAGACCUGCUUGCUGUAGUGGCAACUAAUCACAGACAACAGACCGUCGCCACAGUGCUGGUUUUGUGUGUGAUUGGGUGUGUUCUCAUCAUGUUGUUGUGUACGCUUUUACAUUGCUGGUGGAGGCAGGACUGGCGCAGGCGGAGCCACGCACAUCACUACGUCCCAGAGAAGCACGGAGCAUCCUGCCACCCUUCUGAGAGUGUGGUUUGAGAAGACCUCUUGCUGGAGCAUAAGCUGCUUGCAUCACGGCGUGUUUAGUUUUCCUCAUCUGUCCAGCCCACAAAUCCUCAGGAUUGCAUCCAAAGUGGUAUCUCUGAUCAAGCAGACCGGAUCGGAAAGGGGUGAAAAAGCAUUAUCGCCAAUGUGGCUGAGGUAGGCCUGCUGGAUGUGGAAGGUUAAAUGUUCCAUGACAUUUUUUUUUUCCCCCACUGACUGGGACUACAGCCCAGUAGGAACGUGUUUCCUUCACUCUUUGAUUCUGUGGAAAUACACGCAGAACUGCGUCUGUUUAAAGCUCUGAGGAUGAAGCUGCGGCCGAAUCCGACAUGGGAAGAGCUCUGUGUCCUGAUUACUGUUCAUGGCUGGCCUAACGGACGCGAGAAAUGAUCGACGAGGCCAUUAAUCAUCCUGUGUGGAUGUCGAAUAGGAAAGGUGUUUAUUUUGGGCUGUGGGACAACAAUAAUUCAUUUAAGUCAGAGACCUCAAUUCCUAUUUUUUGUCUUUUAAUAACUUUAAGCACUUUUCAUCAGAACUCUGUAAAGCACGGAGGAAAUUUUUUACAAUGAAAAUAAUGGUGGGGGAAAACUGAUGCUUUAAACAAGUUUUUAGUGUCUGUUUUUAAAGAAGGAACUCACUUCACAUGACAGGAGUAGGAAUUGUUAAACGGACUGACUGCUAAUGAAACCCCUGGAAUCCAAGCAGUAAAAAGACUACUGAAGCUGAAAUAUUUAGUCAGUUUUAUUGUUAUUCCUGAGCUGUACUUGCAUCAGAGGUGUUUUUAAUUUGCAAGCUAUAACAGUACCGACACAUGCACAUCCUGGGUGGCCACCUUAUUCCACAUUGUAUUGUUGCACUUUUCUUCAAGCUUGCUAGAAACAAACUGCAUUUAUUGUACAAUGUAGUCACUUGAAAAAGUGCCCACAUAAUGAGAUGCCAAAUACACUUUCUAACUUUUUCUGAAUGAGCACUGAAGGGAAGAGGCACACAGUUUGUACACAUGUACGCAUGCUCCUAAAUCACAGCUUGUAUUUUGAAAGAACACAAAACACUUUUUAUUUCCACAUUGGUUUGUUAUAGCAUUGUGUCUUCUUUGAAUUUAAAUAAUUUUAAAGAGAGAGAGCACCUCUGAAGAUUUAUUUAAAACAAAAUAAGGUUUUCUUAAAAGAAAAACCCUGAAUAAUAUUCAGUGAGGAAAUACAAAAUGAUGAUUGCAAACUGACUCAGAUAUAAAGUUUGUAUGCUUUGUGUGAUAAGACGGAACAAAAAAACUAUAAAAAUGAAUGUGAUGGUAUUUAUAUACCAAAAAGACUCUUGAUGGGAUGAUACACUUGUCUUUGUUUACGGUAUGUGAUGAUAUUUACAUUCAGAAUACAGUAUGUGUAAUUGUUUUUUUUUAUUAUUUGUAAAUAUAAAAAAAGACACCGAAAUAUUCAA